ACACUAACGAGCAAGAAACACAUGCUAUUAACAGUGAGGAUUUAUUACCACGAGUUAUAGUUUAUAACAUGGUUUAAUUCGCUAAGCAAAGCGAAUUUAAUUCAUUUAUAUUUAUAUAGGGCCAAAUCAUAACAACAAUCGCCUUGAGGGGUAGUAAUACUGUUACAUAUAUAAAGAUACAGUUAUAUUCCUGAACUGUGGUUAAAAUGUGUUUUAAAUCAUUCAUUUCUCAGAUGUUUUGCUAGCUUUGCUAAAUAAAAUAAAUUAAAAAAAUCAGGGUGUGGUUUGUAGAUUCAUUGGAUACACAGGCUUAGAAAUAGCUUGGCUUUGAAAAAAUCCUGCACAUUUCAUUGCUUUGUGUCUAAAAUUAACUCAACUGGUCUUUGCUGAUGUAAACACCUCUGCAGGGGACUGUGAUCAAUCCGCACCUCAUUACAAACUAUUUUAAAGUCCCCAGAUUGUGUGGACCUGUUCCAGUUGCAACGCUCUUUCACAGAUUUACUUUAAAUGAAUAAUGGACACCAUUAACUGUUCUUAAAUAAUGCAUAGUGGGUGGGAGCAUCAGCACUGUGCAAGGAUGUGGUUGUAUAAUAAACGAUUCUCUGCGCUGUACUUCUUUAACAGCGCAGCCACAAAACAAAAGCACAGUGCACUUUGAUCUGAUUUGAAUGGGUGUGUAGGAAUGAGUUUUGUAUGGUUUUUUUGUUGUUGUUUCUUUUUGUUUGUUCCUAGAGCCAGGGAAAAAUUUGUAUUUAACAUGGAUAUCAUUAGUGAAAUACCUUAGAGAAACACCUACAGUCAUUUCCAUGAUGUUUUCUUAAGCAUUCUUGCACCAAUGACUCACCAGAGUCAGCUCAUAAAUAUUCUUACAAAGGCUGCCACCAGAGUAAGAAUUAUGUAUUUGUUAGUUGGGUUUCAGAGAUGUAAACUGUCUGUUAACCAGUGUUUCAUCAGAAUUUUAAAUUUGUUAGAGUCGAGUUCUCAAAAUUUCAAUGACUGAGUGCUAAUGAGGAAGCCAGUGUAUGAGUGAACACACAAAAAUACACACAUGCAGCACGUUUACUCUAGCUUUUGUCAUAAGUAUGUUGGUUUGUGUUUGUAAUUAUCAUGCUUGUACUGCUUUUAGGUUAUUAACAAGGUCGCACCGAUAUGUUAGAAGAGAUAAGUAUGAACUGCUUGAUUGUUUCUUGUUACACAAAACCAAGGGCCUCCGCUGGCCCUGGUGCUAAACGCUUCAUAGACUCUGCUUUUUGUUUAAAAUAUGCUUAAGAACUACUGUAUGUGUUAUGACUGGGAGUUACUCCUGGAUGCAUAUAACAGACACUUUUCAAACCAACUAUAAGGUUCCUGAGACUCUCUCAUGUCUGUGUGCAAACAACUUAAAACAACUUCAGUGUCUUCCGCGUUAUCUCUGGCUGUGUGUGUGUUUGCACUGGAACCAGCUGAGCUAGAAAGCCAUGGAACUAAAGGGUUCAUAAGCAGGAGCAUGCAAGUGUUUCCAGUGAAUAAACACUACAGAAUUAAUUUGUUGGUUUAGGCCAAGUUCUGUAUUUGCUCAGUAUUUUUUUUUUAUUCUGUGAAACAAGAUGCUGACAUCCUUGAUUACAGUUUCAGGUGAGACCUGCCGUGUGGCCCGCUACCGUGUGGGAGGCAUAUGUUUGGUUAUACUGAUGAGUCAUUGUUGUCAAAGCGGUAACAGCUUGGCUCGUAUUGUUUUCACUUCCCGAGUCUGUCUUUUUGUCUGUCGUCAUGGCAAAAUGUGCUCCUCAAGACACUUACUUAAGCAGGAACUACAACAAAGGUGGUUUAAAGCACUUGGCAGGUGUUUAUGUUUGUCUUUGUGCAUUUGUCUGUGGACAGUUGUUCAGUUGUUUAGCAGUGCAAGAAAAACCCAAGAAACUUAACAGGUGUUUAAUUGUAGUUUUAAUGCAAGGAGAAGGCUGAGUUUGCAAACGGUCAGAGCUCACUGAUGCUAAUAUAUUCCCAGUGUAAGAUGAUCUCAAGUCAGAUUGAAGGAACUGGGCAACUCGUAUGAUUAAAUAUUUAAUUUUACUAUACUUCUAUUGGAGCCCGGUGAAAUAUAUUUUCCUCUCACAGCGUGGAACGAGGGUCGUAUGAGUAGAGUAUAAGACUCACUGAGUGUUUCUCAAGAUUUCAAUCUCUCUUUUCUGGGCUCAAUUGCAACAUUUGGAACUCAUUAAACAUUGAACCCCUAAACCCCUCCUCCAAUAAGAAAGAGAAAAGGGAUAAAAAAAAUAUCUCCAGUUUCUUUCCACAGACACCCCCCUGCCACCACCUCCUAUUUCACGAUGAUCUAACUAAGAAAGAAUGGUCCUCUGGAAGUCAGUCAACUGGACACCACAUGUUGAUCACCAACGUAGCUCUGCAACUGCACAGGAUAAUGAGGCAUUACUGUGUACAAACAGAUGCCACGUUUUUUUUUGGAUUUUUUUAUGCAUCCCCGUAGUUGCCAUCCCACGGUGUGUGACCAGGAAAUCCCCAGAUCCUCUCAAAUCAUGUUGUUCUAUUUCAGCUUUUGGCUCCUCCAGAGCCGCCACAAACCCGGCAGCAAAAGCGACGCUCGGUCAUUAAAACGGUUUUAGGAAUCAACAGCACUGCGUCAGGUCUGGAAAUCACUGCUGAGAGCUUCAUGGACCGCUUAGACAAUGGCUUCCUGUUGUGCCAGCUGGCUGAGACACUGCAGGAGAAGUUCAGGCAGAGUAAUGGAGAUCUGCCUACCCUUGGCAACAGCAAGAGAAUUCCCAAUCGGAGGAUACCGUGUCGGCGGAGCGCUCCAUCCGGCUCCUUCUUUGCACGGGACAACACAGCCAACUUCCUGGCCUGGUGUCGUGAGGUCGGAGUUGGAGAAACAUGUCUGUUUGAGUCAGAGGGUUUAGCAGUAGGUGUAACAACAUCAGUUCUUCAUAAGCAGCCACGAGAAGUCUGCCUUUGUCUUUUAGAGCUGGGCCGGAUAGCAUCACGGUACAAUGUGGAGCCUCCUGGCCUUAUAAAACUGGAGAAAGAGAUUGAGCAAGAAGAGAAAGCGCCUCUACCUCCUCCGUCACCUGUAUCUCCAGCUCAGCCUGUCCCUCCAUCACCCUCUUCAUCUCCUUCCCCAUCCCCUUCCCCAUCCCCAACUCCUACCAAAGUGACUUCUAUCAAAAAAAGCACAGGGAAGCUUUUGGAUGAUGCCGUAAGACAUAUCGCCAAUGAUCCACCUUGCAGAUGUGCAAAUAAGUUCUGUGUAGAGAGACAGUCGCAGGGUCGAUAUCGUGUUGGGGAGAAGAUGCUCUUUAUUCGGAUGCUGCACAAUAAGCACGUGAUGGUGCGAGUCGGUGGAGGCUGGGAGACCUUUGAGAGCUACCUGCUGAAACAUGACCCAUGCCGCAUGCUCCAGAUUUCCAGGGUGGAGGGCAAGAUAUCCCCUAUAAGCAGCAAGUCCCCUAAUAUCAAGGACCUCAGCCCUGACAGCUACCUGGUGGUGGCAGCGCACUACCGCAGCAAAAAGUGAAGACACGAGACUGAAAAAAAAUCCAUUAAUAAAAGGACAGAUUGACUUCGUGCUGUUUUUUACUGUGUAGAGAAGGGGGCGUAGCUAUGCAACAUAUCCCUGUUCUCAUGAAGUAAAUAUUAAAGCUGUAGUGCAACACCAUUCACAGAAAGCACAUUUUUCUCAUAGUGAUGAUUUUGUUUUGUUGGUUAAAGGUCAUUCUUGGGUGUUUUCAUUUGAUUGGGCCUGGACACAUGUUAGUAGGCCUCUGGGUGUUAUUUACUUUUACAUAACAGCUUUGAAAAACAUGCUCAUUAUUAUCGUCACAGUAUAAUUGGUUUCAUAAUUAGUGCAAGGGAAGGUGUAGAUUUUCUUGAGAUUUAAGAUUUUCCUGUUUUUAUUGCAUCUGAAGCAAUAUCACAUAUGGUAGGUAGAACACUUUCAUCUUUUAGCUCCUCAUAUAAAUAUCUGUAUUUGUACAAGGUAAAAACACAAGUUGUUUUUUUUUUACAUGAAAUGAAAUGGGUGCUGGAGAUGUCGGCAAUUUUAUGAAGCCAGUAUUGCUUGGUACCUUGAUGUGGAUUCUAUUGAUUUUUCUGUGCUAGUGUUGUUUUCCCACUUUUUUUCAUUUCCCAUCAAACUGAUCUUCUUAUCUAAUUUUUUAAUAAUACACAGACCCUAUCGGGCUGUGGCUCAAAUGGGAUUUUAUCUCCCACAUUAGAAGAAUUAUUUAAACCCAAUGAAGUUUAAAUGCUUUACUUUAUACAUUUAAAUUCUUGUAAAAACUCUCAUAAAACCUAAAUUUAUUCACAAAAUGUUAUAGCUUUUUCUUUGUGCAUUUCUUAGUAGGCUAAAAAAAUAAAGCAAUGCUCAUAUUGUUUACAUUUUGCAUAACUGUUCUAUGCAGUACAUUUAUAUAUUAGCAUUUUGAUUGUAUUAUGCAUUACUAGAAUAGAUCCUGUGUGUAAUAAUGUCUUCAUCCGACAAUCAUAUGUUCGAAUCAGUUUCACUAGCUUGUGAUUUAUAAAUAGAUUUACUCAUUUAAGGUCUCACGUUCUUCACUGUGUCGUAUUACUGACCCCUACAGGUGGUGCAGUGAUUUAAAUACGAUUAUUAUUGAUUACUUUUGGGGGGUUCUUACAAUGGAGAAAUAUCAAUCACUGCAUAAUAACUCAUGUUAUAUUAAUUUGUUUUUAUUCCUGGAGAAUAAAUAUGUCGGUUUGGUAUUAUA